AUGAGCGGGAUAUCGCGUCUAUGGCGACCAAGUCAAGGGCAAGGGCAAGCCAGUGCUCCAGACUCGCCCAGCGGUCCUGGGAAGACGUUUUUGGUUCCGCUGUUCCUGUCGACGUCGCAGCCGUCGGCUCGCAACAAUAUGUUCACCGAUGGUGACGGACCCGCGAGUCCCCGAUCCAGGACCUCUACACGUUCCGUGAUCGAGUCUUCCCCCUCGAUCUACUCCGGUGUCCGACCCCUAUCCCUACCGUUGGAUGCUCGAACAGAGAACUCCGACAUGUACGGCAACGGCGUACGAGGGAGCCACAAUACCAACAGACAUAGAGAGCAUCUCGACACAGCGCCGAAUCAGUCCCAAACUGACUCAGCUCCCAUCUCAGAGCGUUCGACAACAAGAUCCGGGUCAGAACGAAGCGGCAGCCGGAGCAACCACUCGUCGAGUCGUGGCGCCAGGCGACACGUCAAGCUGUCGAGGAAGACGUUCCGUCAUCCACGAGUCAAUGCGAAAGCAAGAAUCAGUUUCGCUUUUGGCGUCACUCUACUGUUCGCUCUGGUGAUCUAUCUGGUGCUCGCCAUCACUGGUGUUGCGCGUAAUACCAUGUUCCACGUGCUCUCGAUUCUGUUGAUCUUGACCCUGACGGGGGUUUUCUGUCACCAACUGAUCCGCAUGUUCAUGUUGAUGCGUCGACGGCCGAGAAGACCUCGACACGGGCGGAGCAACAAGGCUAGACACGGACAUACAAGAAAUCAAACAUGUGCGCGAUCUCGGGGCUGGACACGUGCAAGCACAAGCACAAGCGAACAGUCCGGGCCGCUGGAAGAACUACCUCCGGAAAAGCCAAUCCAGAUCUUCAUGGCGACUGAUGACAAUCUGGGCCCGGAUGUGGAAGCACUGGCAUGGCAACCGACCAUACGCCCGCCGCCACCAGUCUACGGCAACUUUCGGGCCAGUAUGCGAUUGAACCCAGACUUCGUUCACCUGAAGCACGUCCCUCCCUCACCACUGACUCCGACUUACGAUGAAGCGGUGAUACAAGUCCAACGAGCCAUGGGGUAUCGACCACCAAGCUAUAUCUCGGAAAGUGGUGUGACGGAAUUUAUUGAGACACGGACCAAAGAUGUGGAUGCCGCUCUCGAAAACAUCCAUCCAUUGGAACGCGAGCGAAUGCGAACAUUUGCAGCGGAAGCUCUUGAGGGCAAUACCAUAUCUCGUCUCUAG